AUGGACGACCGUGUCUUCCGGGCGUCACUGCACUCCUGCGCCAUCUGCUUCUCUGAAAAACCCGGAUCGGAGUGUGUGCGUGCCGCGUGCACGCAUGCAUUCUGCACGGCAUGUAUGAGGGCGUUUGCAGAGGCGCAUGUGGCUGAGGGCAAUCUCCAGGCGCUCAAGUGCCCGGACACCAAGUGCCGCGCUCCCCUCUCCUAUGAUCUCCUGCGCACACUCCUCCCUGCUGACCUGUUCUCUCGUUGGGAGCAGCUCACCCUGCAACGGUCCCUAGACGCCAUGCCGGACAUUGCAUUCUGCCCGCGCUGCUCCCAGCCGGCUGUAGAGGACCCUUCAGACCACCAUGCGCUGUGCCCCGGGUGCUUCUUCUCCUUCUGCGGGGUGUGCCGCGAGGGCUUUCAUAGAGGAAGAAGCUGCAUCACUCCGGAACUCGCCCUCAAGCUGAUGAAGUUGCGGAAGCAGGAGCGGGCUUUGGCAGAGGAGGAGUUUAGGAAGCAGAAGGACCUGGAGCAACAAGUGCUUAGCCUCAAGUUGGUGCAGGAGUCGAGUGUGCAGUGCCCCGUGUGCAGCACGGCCAUCAGCCGGAGCGAGGGGUGCAACAAGAUGAUCUGCCCCACCUGCAACGCCUUCUUCUGCUAUCGAUGCCGUGAGCGCAUCGACGGUUACGACCACUUCACCAACGGUAACUGUGUGUUGUUUGAGGCAGCGGAGAUAGAGCAGUGGGAGAUGCAGAUGGCAGCCAUGGCUGAAGCACGGCGCCGGCCCCAACGAGCCGCGCCGCCCAUCGGAGCGCCGCCCGUCGGAGCGGAUGGCAGGCCGCUGCUUGCGAGACGCUGCCCCAAUUGCCGUCAAAUCAAUUACAAGGAGGGGAGGAAUAAUGACAUUCAUUGCAGGAUUUGUCGCACACGCUUUUGCGGCAUGUGCAACCAAAUCAUGAGAAAUGUGUAUCAUUUUCGACCCAAUGGAUGCCGCCAACACACUGAUGACUAA